CGAUGCCGCAAGUCACACACGACAAAGUUCAAAGUUCAAAGUCUCUUUUCUUCGGUUCAGCCAGCCGGGCAAGAACUUGAAACCUGGAACUCUGGAACCUGAGAUCCGACCGAGUGGAACGCCUCAAGCAUGUCGUUUUCCUCCAAAAUAUUUGUGAGGGGUUUGGCAACCUCAGCAAAACAAUGGAGUCCGAUCAAAACUGUUACUAUAAUUGGCAGUGGUUUAAUGGGAUCUGGAAUCGCACAGGUGGCUGCUUCCACUGGUCACAAGGUCACAGUUGUAGAUCAGACCCAAGACAUUGUGGACAAAGCUAGUGCCUCCAUUAAAAAAAGUCUGUCUCGUGUUGUGAAAAAGAAAUUUCCAGAUGAUCCUAAGGCUCAACAGACGUAUAUUGCUGACACAAUGGGACACUUGACCCUGCAAACCGAUGCUGUUUCUGCUGUAAAAAGUGCUGAUCUGGUGGUAGAAGCAAUUGUCGAGAAUCUUGACGUUAAGAGAAAGCUGUUUGCUACAUUAGAUGAAGCUGCUCCUCAACACACUGUUUUUGCAAGCAAUACAUCGUCAAUUCCAAUUAAAGAUAUUGCAGUUGCCACCAAAAGAGGUGACAGAUUUGGUGGUCUCCAUUUCUUCAAUCCUGUUCCAAUGAUGAAGUUAGUAGAAGUCAUUAGGAUUCCAGAAACAUCAGAGGAGACUUACAAUGCUUUAGAGGCCUUUGGAAAAGCUGUUGGAAAGAAAACUGUCCAAUGCAAGGAUGAAAAAGGUUUCAUUGUCAAUCGCCUCCUCGUACCUUACAUGGUGGAAUCCAUAAGACUGGCUGAAAGAGGGGAUGCAUCAACCCGCGACAUUGACGUUGCCAUGAAGCUUGGUGCUGGGUACCCAAUGGGACCCUUUGAACUGUUGGACUAUGUGGGCCUGGAUACCAUCAAGUUUAUCUUGGAUGGCUGGCAUGAAAGUGAUCCCACCAACCCUCUGUUCCAGCCAUGUGAGAGUUUGAACAAAUUGGUGAAGGAAAACAAAUUUGGCAUGAAGACAGGAGAAGGGUUCUACUCUUAUGACAAAUAAGUUGCUCAGGGAAUGGUGUGCUUGUUUGAACUGUUAAAAAAUGAGGAAAGAAAUUUAUGGUGAAUAAGUGAACAAUUUUUUUAGACUUGGUUGUAUGGAAAACAAUAUCAGGUUCUGUGGAUGUCUCUCAUUUCUUUGUUGCAGGAUCAGUUGGGGGGGGGGGGGGGGUAAAAGUUGUGCUUUCUGUAACAAAAACAACACACACGUGUUCGUACUUAGAAGCAUACUUUAUUUUGUUACCGAACUUUUAAGUAACUUUCUUACUUUCGGAAUGUAAUCAAUGUCAAUAGUCUUUUCUUGGUUGUGGUAAAUAUUACCUUUAAAAAGAUAUUUGAUAACAAUUAUAACCAAAUAAUAUACAUAACCAGGGUUUGUUUUGAUUACUUGUAGUUAGACACAAUCAUACAACAUCAUAAUAUUGUUUAAUGGCAGCUUAAACUAAUUAUAUCGAUCCUUUUUGUGUGGGUUUUUUAUUUUUAAAUUCAGUUUUAGGUUCUACUGUCUGAAUUCGGCUAUUUGUUUUAAAAGAAUAAUAUUUUGAGUGUGUUCUUUGUUGCUUAGUCAAAGACAAUUUACCUGUUACUCAGUACCAAAACUAUCUUGUAGUUACUGUGAUACUUUUUUUGUUGAGUUAUUUUGAUUCUGGGUGGAAGGUUCCAUGCCCUAUCAGUAUUGAAUUGAUAUGAGGAUUAGAGAAUAAGUCUCAUGGUGGAACUGAUGAUUUUGUUUUUGUUUUGAUGUGAUAGAUGGUGGGGCUGUGGAGGUAGCAGGAAAAUUUGUAGUUUUGUAGUGCUGUUGAUUACGUUGUCGAAGCUGUAAGCACAAAAGUGGUGAUGUUAAUUGUUAUGACCAUUUAGAGCUGGAAAGAUAAAAUAGCCUUUCGUAUGUUAUGCAGACCAAUUCAUAGUAUAACACAGUCACUGAUGUACCAUGUACUGAUAUUUGUUUGUUAACUACAAAGGAGAGUGGUAAAUGCACAGCUUGUCUUGCAUUGAGAUGCUCACAUGCUGGUGUAAAGCCACUCUGCGGGUCUUUCCAUGCCUGUUGCUUUGUAAAAAUGUGUACUUCAUCUACCUGCCUAGAAUGUGGUGAGAUCGGGAGAUGUGUCGGGUUGCCUUCACUGUGAGUGUGAUAUUGUUCUAAAUGGUUAAAGGUUUUUGGAAAUGAUCAAUAAAAUUGAUGAAAUGUUAUAAAGCUCA